AUGGAAUUGCAGCAGAAGGAUGUGGAACACAUCGACAUCGAUCCGGACGGCGACGUCCUACUGGUUCUCAAGGCACCAUGCACGAUUGAAAGCACUUCCACCUCGGCCGAUAGCAGUGGCACGAGUGGUAGUCGAAGCAAUGACGAUGAUACAGCUGGGAGCCAGAAUAACGACGGCGAUAGUAGUGACAAACAAGACAAGGACGACCACCCCUCGGAAAAAAAGCGUCGAGAUCCUUAUGGGGUCGUGUACCGCCUGGCGUUACCUGAGGACAACACCGAUGCCACUCUGCUUUUCUGCAAAAUUGUACACUUCAAGUCGGACAUCUCAACACCGAAUCUAGAGCUCAUGGAGCAGCUUGCUGUGCUUUGCGACAAGUACAAGUGUCAUCACAUUCUACGUUUCCUCGGAAGCAUGUGGCUGAACGAACAUCGGCGCAAUUUACAGCUGGAAUCUUCGAGGAGCCGAACUUGUCAACAAUUGGGCCGCCUGUUUAUCUUUGCGUACGUUGCGGACAUGGCGCAAGAGUUCAACGAGCUCGCCUGGGAACUUUUGCUACACAAUACUGGCGGAAUCAACUCAUACAAUAGUUGUGUGCUAUUUUUGAUUGACCAUCCUCUGGUGCCCAAAAAGGUCAUCACUUACCUUGACAAGCGGCGCACACAAAUAGCGAGGGAAUAUUUCGACGCAAUGUAUGGGCCUUUUAACAGAAAAGAAUGGCCUCACGCCGGGACUGGCUGUGACCAUGGCGAACACAAAUUACAGGGCUACAUUCGCCUUAUGAAUGACAAGAAGUGGUUUGAGAGCUAGGAGCUCUUUAUUAGCCACAACUUCCAUCAUUUAUGGUCCAUUGAACCUACUUUGCGAGCGGCUACCAAUGGAUACAUAGACCAAAACUCGG